AGGCCGGAGAUAAUAAAGGUCGUGACUUUUUACGAAAAUCCUGACCAUCAAAUAUGCUACGUAUUCAUUUCAUUUGUUGGUAUAUUAAGAUUACGUGCUUCUGGCACACUCAAGUCGGAGUAAUACCACCCGAGCGAUGUAAGGGAACAGAAAAAUAUCGCACAAGGCGAUGUACUUAGAUCCUUGAAACUGAAAGAAAAGCCCCCAGGUUGGUCGUAAUGAUUUUACACGAGAAAGAUCGCUUUGGUAAUCUAAUCCCUAGAAGCUUGUGUUCUCGCGUAACCUUCUCUUGGAUCGCCAAGACGCUACAGCAUGGAAACAAGUCGCAAAUUCAAGAAGUGGAUCUUCUUGAGCUCAGUGACAAGGACUCGGCUGAGCAGCUUAGUCAACGACUUGAGAAAACCUGGAAAGAGGAGGAAACUUCAGUAGAAACCAAACCAGGAAGAAAAGUUUCAUUGCUUUUACGAGCACUCAUGAAGUGUUUUACCUUCAACUUAGUCAUGCUUUUAAUCCUGGUCAUCCUUAACGUUAUUUUUCGCGUCCUCAUGCCAGUCCUGGUUGGUCUUCUUGUUCGAGAGCUACAGACAUUAUCAGAACGAAGAGAAAGUAAAAGUCCUUACAUCUACGUGGGAACACUGGGCRGUGUAGCUAUGAUGUAUGGGGUCAUAAGAAACUCCUUCUUAUACAAGACUGAGACAUUUGGCGCGCAGCUCAAGACAGCUAUCAUGGGCCUGAUGUAUAAAAAGUUACUGAGGCUUAGUCAGAGAUCAAUCCAUGACGUCACUUCCGGUCACCUGAUUGCCCUAUUUCAUCUCGACUGUGGAAAAAUCGAAGAGGCCAGUCACUUUAUGACGCACAUAGCAAUGUUUCCAUUGGAAAUUAUUGUUAUUACCGCGUUGGCAUGGCAACAGGUUGGCUGGUUGAGUAUAGUGGCCAGCGGUUUUGUCGUGUUCUUGAUUCCCCUGCAAGGCGUGAUGGGAAGGAUCUUUGCAAAUUUGCACUAUAAAAUAAUGAGGGAAUCAAGGCGACGAGUGAAUCUGAUUAGUGAAGUGAUUCUUGGAAUACGAACUGUAAAGACCAAUGCAUGGGAAUGGCCGCUAAGGACCCUUGUCAGGAACAUCAGAAGUCGCGAGCUCAAGUUUCUUCGCCGCAGUACUUUGGUGUCAUCGUUACGACAGAUAAUCCAGUUUUGUUCACACCAUCUUGUCUCGCUCAUCAUCUUCCCAUCCCUUGCGUUCCUUGGUACGGAAUUGACUCCGGAGAAAAUCAUAGCCACAGUUGCCCUGUAUGUCUGUCUAGUACAUUCUGCUCUCGGGUACAUAACACGUGCUCUGCUGAGUAUACCAGAGGCGUACGUUGCUAUACAACGCAUUGAAAACUUCAUGAAAGAAGAGGAGUUACACCAGAAACCAAAACAUAAUUACAGCCAAUUGAUAGGGAAUUCUAGGUUUUUUGUUAACGCUGGUUUUGAUCCACUGGAAACACCCAAGAAAAUGAAGGUUUUAAGUUUUAAUGGGUUGGGAUCUGGGUACCGAGAAGAUGACACUCCUGAGAUAAAAGAAAAACUGGAAAAUCCUUGCCGUGUUAGUCUUAAGAAAGCAUCUUUUGUGUGGAGUCAUCUAAGAGCAUCGACAGCGCUUCAUGAGAUAUCUUUAGAGCUGGGCGACAAACCAUUGGUUGGAGUCAUAGGAUGUCCAGGAAGCGGCAAGACCGCACUGUUGUUGGCCAUACUAAAAGAGCUUUCUUUGGUAUGUGGAAACUUUACUGAGACGGGACGAGUGGUUUAUGUCCCGCAAGUACCCUGGGUGUGCGCGGGAACUUUACGGGAUAAUAUUUUAUUUGAUGCUCCGUAUGCAGAGGAAAGAUACUGGAAGGUUAUUUAUGCAUGCGCACUGGAUAAAGAUAUAGGAGAAUUCCCUAAUGGCGACUUAACCUUGAUUGGCAAUGGAGGAAUAAGUCUAACUACAGACCAACAAGAAAGAGUCAGUCUAGCUCGAGCGGCAUACUGUGAAGCAGAUGUGUACCUCCUUGAUGACCCCUUUACCUCGCUAGAUAAUAAAACAGGUCAGGGUCUCAUAAAGAAAGUCUUACUCGAGCUUCUUACAAAGAGCUGUCGCAUACUGGUCUCACAGGACCCUGAAUUACUAGAGCAUUGUGAUCGCGUGAUAAUUCUUAAAGAUGGCCGUCUCACGCAGCAAGGAACGUACGCUGAGCUGACGGAAGCUUUAGAAAGCAUGAAUUUGAGACAGACGGUCCAAACUGAUCUGCAGAGUGUAGACAUUCCUAUAUACGAGGUUAAACACGCUAAAAGUAGAACGUUGAGUUCAUCGAGUAACGAUUCAAUAAUGACUGAAAACACAUCAAGUUGUCACCAUGAUCACAGGGAGGUCGAAGAGGACCGACUGGUCGGGACGCUGCCGUGGUCGGUGUAUUGGAGAUACUUUAGAAGUGGUCGGAGCACAGUGGUACUUAUCUUCCUGGUAAUUGUUUUAAUGGCUGGACAAGUCAUUCUAAUGGUGACAGACUGGUGGUUGGCAAGGUGGAGUAAAAUGGACUUUAGUCGCCAACAACAACGUAGCAACAUUUAUAUCUUCUAUGGAUUAGUGGUCAUAUCAAUAUUACUCGUCUUCAGUCGUGCAUUGAGUCUGUUCCUUUCUUUUUUGAAGACGUCAGCAGUUUUUCACGAUAAUAUGAUUACCGCUGUCCUGAAGGCUCAAGUUUCUUUCUUUGACUCGAAUCCAGUGGACAAAAUAGUAAACAGGUUUUCCAAAGAUGUCGCCGAUUUGGACGACCAUCUUCCAUACGGCUUCAUCGAGAGCAUCCAGGCCUUUCUGUCUGUAACGUCCAUCAUAAUAUUAUCUAUUGCGGUUAACUACUGGGUGUCUCUAGCGGGUAUCCCGUUGAUGGUAGCAUUUGUGUGUCUGAGAAGAUACGUUUUGAGAUCGACAAAAGAUUUUAAAAGAUUAGAAAGAAGAUAUCUCUGUGAUGCUGUUUCACACUGUUCAUCGACUCUAUCUGGGCUGACUUGUAUUAGGGCUUUUAAGACGCAGGAACGAUUCUUACAACGAUUUUACCAGUUCUUAGACACCCAAUCCCGACCAUAUGUGAUGUCCUUCGCGGGUACACGUUGGCUGUGUUUACGAGUCGACCUUCUGUGUUCAUUGUUCAUCACCAGCAUUGGUAUUGCCUCUGUGUUGACGACAGCAGACGCAGCCUACACUGGUUUGUCAUUAUUGUAUGCCAUACAGCUUCUUGGAUUAACACAAUGGGUCAUUCACGUGACUGCUGAAACUGAAAACACCAUGGCUUCAUUUGAACGAAUUUCAAUCUACACAGGCCUAGAACCGGAACCAGGGUACGCAUCAAAGCACAUCCACCUCAAAGACUGGCCUCAUGAGGGGGCUAUUAAAUGCGAGGAUGUUUCGCUGAACUAUAGCGAGGGGGGACCCGAAGCACUUAAAUCAAUUGACAUGAAGAUUCUCCCCAAAGAGAAAAUAGUUGUAGUUGGUCAACAAGGUGCCGGAAAAUCUUCACUUGUGGCCGCUUUGCUUCGUAUGCCGGAGCCGAAUGGACGAAUCAUUAUCGAUGGCUUGGAUAUUUCRCAAAUUUCUUUACGGGAUCUACGCCGACGUAUCGUGUACGUCCCUCAAAAGCCUUUUCUCCUGAGCACUUCACUAAGGUUUAAUCUCGACCCGCUUGAUAGAUAUAAGGACGAAGAUUUACUGAGGGUGUUAGAGCAAUUGAAACUUGACAAAAUGGUGCAAUCUAACCUAAGGAGAUCAGUGUCAUAUUACACUAACGAGGAGCGGAAAUUAAUUUACCUUGCACAUGCGUUACUGCAAGGUCAGCGGAUUCUAAUCAUCGAAGAAGAUGACUUGAUCACUGAUUCCAGGACUGACACCUUGAUACAAGAGAUCAUAAGAACUCAUUUCCAGGAUCGGACGGUCAUAACCAUUGCGCAUAGACUGGACACUAUUAUGGCUACUGAUAAGGUGGCAGUGAUGAGAGAUGGUCGUGUGUUGGAGUUUGAUAGUCCUGAGGAACUAAGCAGUCAGGACGAUAGUGAACUAGUCCAAUUACUAAGCGAGGCCAGCUACUAGGUACCCUCGCCUGUGCAACCAUUAAUUUACGCAUGCGCGCAUUUCAUCUGCUCCGCAUGAUAACCAUGAGGAACGCAGGCUCCGGGGGAGAGAAAUGUUCGAGACCCAAUGCGAUCGAUAGCACUGAUUUAUUAUUAAAACAUACUUAUUUAUAAAUAUUUACUAGGUGCUUCUAUCUAAAAUAUAGAAUCGGAGUUAUAAGGUGUGACCUGAAUAUUUUAAGGAUCGGAGUUGUACAAGGUUUGUGCAAAAUAAAAGGAAAACACUAAAAGCAUAGAGCGCAUGCAGUAAAACCUUGAAAUAAAAACAAAGUUGAUUCUGACAAAUAGUAUUUAUUUAGUCACUGAGGCCCCGUCCACAAGUAUCCGCGAUUUUUUGUAUCCGCAAUUUUUUUUUUUUUUUGCGGAUACGAAAAUGUUUGCGUCCACACGCAGCGUAUUCGAAUCG